AUGCCUAUCCAGCAACCAUCAAAUCAAAUCAAGCUCACAAAUGUAUCUAUCGUACGCUUGAAGAAGGGUGGCAAACGGUUUGAGAUUGCCUGCUACAAGAAUAAGGUGCAGGAAUGGAGAAAUGGAGUUGAGACGAGUUUAGAUGAUGUCCUCCAAAUUUCGAAUGUCUUCAUGAAUGUAUCCAAAGGCGAGGUUGCCAAGUCUAACGAUCUCCAAAAAGCAUUUGGUACAUCGACAGUAGAUGAUGUUGUGAAGGAGAUUUUGAAAAAAGGAGAAGUUCAAGUGGCAGAGAAAGAACGUGAUCAUGAUCUCGCUUCCCUCCGUAAAGAGAUUGCUACAAUAGUCGCUGAGAAAUGUGUCGAUCCGGCCACUCAACGUCCCUAUCCUGUCGGGAUGAUUGAAAAGGCUAUGGCUGAAGCGGGUGUGAGCGUGAAAGCGGGGAAGAAUGCUAAGAGUCAAGUAGCGGAAACACUGCGACUCAUCCAGGGUCACUCAACACUACCGAUUCAACGUGCGAGGAUGCGAGUACGUGUCGUUCUCCCGGCUGCUGAAGGAGAGCGUCUGCAGGAACAACUUCGCGCGUUGGCCGAGACGGUCGAGAAGGAAGACAAGGGGGAAUCUUGGGAAACUGUUAUGCUUAUUGAGCCCUCGCAAAUCCGCACGAUCAACGAACUGUUGCAGAAGGAGUGCAAGGGAAAGGGGCGCGUUGAGACACUUACAUUUGCCGCAACCGCUGACAAUUGA